GUUGGUCAAAUCAAAGCCAUACACAUAUACACAGGUGUACAUGUAUGAUGCAUGAUGCAUCUCUCUUUUUUAGGAUAAGAAUAUAGAACAUGCAUGCAUCUAAAUCUAUACCUUCUUAUAAUGUUUCCUUCCUUUCUUAAUGAAAAAAAAAAAAAGUCCCCAUAUUUCAUUUGGUCAACAUUAACAAUAUUGUUAUUGUUAUUAUUAUUUACAAUUAUUGUUCCAUUUCUUACAUACCUUAUAGAUAUAAAAACAAUUCCCCCAGUGCUAUUGACGAGAAAAUUUAAAACAGUGAUUCGAAUCGUUGACUGCGAUUAAGAUUUUGGUCAGUGGCGAAUCCAAAAUAAUUUUUGACUGGAUGCACAGUGUAAAUUUACUAAUUGUAAAAUGUGUAUAUAUAAAAUUAGGCUGAGGAACACACUAUGAUAAAAAUGAGCUUUGAAAUAAUAUUCUUAGUUAGCUGGGAAAAAAAUCACUGUAUUUAUUUUAACCAUUUGACAACCAUGAUUGAUUAAUAUUUAUAUUCUUGAGACUUUUACAUUGUGAAAGAAAGAAAUCGUUACACUUUAAUGUCUUUCUUAUAAAACUUUGACUCCAAGUUAGAAAAUAUUGUUGUCAUAUUUUGGCAUAAAAAAAUAUAACUACUCCCUCCUCUCUUUCACAACAAUAGAUUUUUUAAUGUUUUCACAUAUAUUAAAAAAAUACAUUUUAAUAAACGUAUUAUUUUUUAUAAUUUUCAACUUUCAAUAAUUUUUAAAUAAAUAAUAAUUUAAUAAAGUCAAUUAAUUCUCUUAGAGAUCAUAAUCUUUCAUAAAAAAAUAUAAAAAGUCUAAUUUUGUGAAACAAUUUUUUUAAGAAAAAUAUCUAACUUAACGAAACUAGGGUUCUAGCAUAUUGCCUUAAAUUCUAGUCUACAUUUUGAAAGAAAGAGAGCGUUACACUUUCAUUCCCUUUUUAUAAUACUGAUUUCAAGUAAAAAAUAAUAAUUAAUUUCAUAUUUAGCAUAGAAGAACUCGAAUAUAAUGAGCAUAAUGUCAUUCAAACCGCAUGAAGAGUUCCAGCUUGUUUCUGCCGCAUGGUUGUUCAUUUUCUGUCGCGUACUCCGUAUUAUCAUCUCCUUUACUUCUUUUGUUAAUAACUUUUUUUUUUUUUUGUAAACUAAAUUGUUAAUAACUUUUUCUCGGUAUAUUGUUGGCUCUUGCUGCUGUAAAUUUGUUUUUAACAAUUCUUGCUGCAGUAGUUGGAAGUUAAAAAAUCAUUUCCAUUUCAAACAAAAAGAAUAAGAAUAAUAAAGAAAUUUGGUUUUGAAUUGUCUUUUAUAGUAGAUUUCUUUGUUGACCAGGAAAAAAAAGGAAGUAGAUCUCCUAUUUUUUUACCAAUUAUACUAAAUUCAAUUCCUCUACUUUUAGAAUAUUUUAGAAAUAAUUUUCUUUUUACAAUUUAUGUUUGUAACUUCUUAUUUCGAGAAAUCAAUGCAGGUGCCACGUGUCAUAAUUGGAUAAGUGAUAUAUAUAUAUUAGAUAGAGGUGGAGCCUCAAAGUUUAAUAAACAGUAAACACACUUAGCUUCACAUGUUUUAUCUCCUUGAGUCUGUUUCCCUUGGUAACUAUUACAAGGUUAUCAACACUCCAGUCUCUCUUUUCUCCGUUGAUGAAUCAUGAGUGUGAGAACCUGUAAAGCCGAGCCUGUAAACUGGCAGGCAUCACUUAGGAGUUGUAUGACCAAACAGGAUGUAAAACGUUCUCCGAUUUCUCCAUCAUCCUCGAUCAAGACGUCUAGAUCUUCAUUAGUGAGCCAAAAAACAAUGUUACAGCCUGUAAGAGGGCAAGCAUCAGUUACAAGUAGUAAGACCAAACAAGAUGUUAAACCCUCUUUGGUUUCUCCAUCAUCAUCCAUCAACGCGUCUAGAUCUCCAUUAAUGAGCCAAAAGACUUCGUUACAGCCUGUCAAAGGGAAGACAUCACCUACAAGUAAUAAGACCAAACAAGAUGUUAAACCUUCUUUGGUUUCUCCAUCAUCAUCCAUCAAGGUCUCUAGAUCUCCACUCGUAAGCCAAACAACUUCAAGACGUGUUGCUUCGUCGGCCAAAGAUAUAAAAGAUUCUCACAAAGAAAUAACAAAGAACUCAAGUUCGAGCAAAGGGCCAGGAAAUUUUAUUCUUACGGUCGAGCUUCGAAAGAAGAUUAUCACAUUUAGGGGCAUCAUCGACCUUCCUCUUCUCACCGGUCAUCUUUCCAUACCCAAUCUGGUGACGCGUACGAUGGAAGAUCUCCAUGAGCUAUGUCCUGAUAUCGUUGACAGCUCGCGUCUCUUGGAUACAAAACAUGCUGCAGACACGGAUAAGUUGCUUGAUCAGUUUUACAACGCUUUGAAAUCAAUUGGAGAUUCAUGGAUCGAUGACCAUGAGUGGAUCAUCAAAUCCAAGUAUAGGAAGAGUAAUAGCCUUAAGAAGAAUCUAUCUGAUCGACUUUUUGAAAAGGUGAUAGCUGCAUUAGAUGGACUGAAUAAGGGUAUGAACGAGAGGCUCAAUAUGACAGAGAUCAACAGUGAUGAAGAGAAGAAAACGGUUACGAAGCAACCGAUCACGACAAGAACGGUCCAGACUCCACCGAGUAAAGUUGGAGACGUUGCAAUUUCUGUUUCAAACUUUCCAAGAAACGUGAGAAUGCAAGCCCUUGUCAAACUGAGUCCUAUCGAUGUGAAGCGACUCAGUAUCCAAAAGAGUAUGUGCCAGGAAGAAGCUCAUAGAAAUGAUGAUGAUGAUAAUGAUAAUGAGAGUGUUAAGGAGAAGCAGAAGAGUGUAACAGAAAAGAUUGAGAAAGCAAAAGAAGCAAUCCUUGUGGAACAAGAUACUGUUAAAACCUGCUCAAAGGGUUCAGAGAAGUCUGAAACUAUGCCUGAAUCUUUGGCUCUGUCUACUCCUCAUUCAGUGAAUGCUGCACCACGGCCGCCACAGCCACUUCCAGUGGCUGCUCCAAAAGGACCAGCUGCGCCGCCUCCUCCACCUCUAGUGGCGGCAGCACCACUGCCUCCACCUCUAGUGGCGGCAGCACCACUGCCUCCAACUCUAGUGGUGGCAGCACCACUGCCUCCGCCACCAGGGGCUGCAACACUACUGCCUCCACCUCCGCUUCCAGUGGCUCCAGGAAAAGGACUAGGUGCACCACCACCGCCACUUCCAGUGGCUCCAGGGAAAGGACCGGGUGCACCACCAUUCCCAAUGGCUCCAGAAAAUGGAACAGGGGUUCCACCGCCACCACCGCCACUUCGCUUGGGAGCCAAGAAAGCAACUAGCAAACUGAAGAGAUCAAGACACCUAGGGGAACUCUUCAGAUUCCUGAGGGGGAAAAUCGAAGGUAAGGAUCCAAAAACAAGAUCCCGUGGCGGCGCUGGAGGAAGCAAAGCUGGAAUAGGAAGCGCUCCAGCCGGAGGAAAGCAAGGAAUGGCUGAAGCUCUUGCUGAGAUAACAAAGAAGUCAGCUUAUUUUCAGCAAAUAGAAGCGGAUGUGGAAAUGUAUAUGAAAGCUAUCAAUGAGCUGAAAAAAGAGAUCUCCAGCUUCAAGAGCAAGGACAUGGCAGAGCUUCAGAAGUUCCACCUUUAUAUAGAAUCAGUGCUUGAGAAACUAACAGAUGAAACAAAGGUUCUAGCGAGAUGUGAAGAGUUUCCGGAGAGUAAACUGGAAGCAAUAAGAAUGGCUGCUGCAUUGUACUCAAAUCUGCAGUGUAUGAUCAAAGUGCUCAAGAACUGGAAGAUUGAGUCUCCUGCUGAACAACUUUUUGAUAGGACUGAACGUUACUUUGCAAAAAUAAGAAAAGAGAUUGACACUCUAGAGCAGACCAAAGUAGAAGAAGAAAAGAAGUUCAAGAAACAUAACAUUCAUUUCGACUUCGGUUUACUUAUUCAGAUCAAGGAAUUAAUGGUUGACAUCUCAUCAGGCUGCAUGGAACUUGCAUUAAAGGAGAAGAGAGAAGCAAAGAUUGCAUCAGAAUCACGCGGAGGAAAGCAGUGCAAGAUCAAGAACAAGACUGUAGGAUGGGCAAAAACGCUGUGGAGGGCAUUUCAGUUUGCGUUCGGAGUUUACACAUUUGCUGGUGGACAAGACGACCGAGCUGAUAAGAUUACCAGAGAGUUGGGUAAUGAGAUCGAACUCAUCCUCAACAACGAAUGAUUCCUCAUGACCUCACCCUUGCCUCUUAGUAUAUGUUUCAUCUGAAAAUGUCAGACAAAUAUUUCAGUCUCUUUAGAAGAAACUUAAAAGUGAUUUGGAUCUCUAAUAUCUAACAAAAAUGUUGUAAUCUAAUCAACAAGAAGCUGUUGUAAUUUUAUAUAUUAAGAUAAAGCCAUUACAACUUCA